CUGGCCUGGACAAGAGCUACUCUGCUAUUGUAGCUCAGCAUCUCCAUUAAUGACACUGCGGUAAUCAUUCCUCUCUUUCUAUCAUUGCACAUCCUACGCGACGAGCUUUGUCGAACGACUUCGAUCAAUCGUAGGACCUGACUACUGCCGCCUCAAGCAUCAUCUUGACCUCGAAGCACUCCAUACUCCUCCCUGACCAUGGCUUCUCCUACGUUCACAACGGCUCCUCCGCCAACUCCAACCUACCUCCUCUCUUACCCAGCUCCUUCCGUUCUCCUCAUAACCAUCAACCGUCCCAAAGCCAUGAACUCUCUCCCAUUCGCAUCCCACUGGGAGGCCGAUGCUCUCCUCACUUGGUUCGACCACGAACCGUCUCUUCUCGUAGCCGUGAUCACUGGUACUGGCAAAGCGUUCUGCGCGGGACAGGACCUGAUUGAGCAAAAGGACAUUACCAAUGCGAGGGAGAAGGCAAAGAGAGACGGCGGGAAAGAGCUAGACCGACGACUAUUGACACAUCCACCGAGUGGCUUCAUGGGUGUGAGCAGGAGAGUCGGCAAGAAGCCGGUCGUUGCUGCGGUCAACGGAUGGGCAAUGGGAGGUGGAUUUGAGAUUUGCUUGGGAUGCGACAUCAUCAUCGCCUCUCCAAACGCGACUUUCGGCCUUCCCGAAGCCAUGCGCGGUCUCUACGCCGGAGCCGGUGGUCUCUCCCGCCUCGUCCGACUGUGCGGCAUCACAAUCGCCAGCGAAAUCGCCAUGUCCGGACGCUUUCUCUCCGCGCAAGAAGCCGUGCAAUACCACAUCGCCAACCGUGUCAGCAAGUCUCACGAGUCGGUCGUGGAGGAGGCGGUUGCUCUGGCGGCCAAAAUUGCUAGCCUGUCACCCGAUGCAAUCAUUGUGACGAGGCAUGGCUUGAGGCAGAGCUGGGAGGAGGGCAGUGUGGAGAGGGCGAGUCAAAAUACCGAUAACCGAUAUGGCAUUGCCUUGAGGGAGGGGGACAAUUUGGGAAUUGGUCUGAGGGCUUUUGCGGAGAAGAAGCAGCCAAAGUGGGUGCCGAGCAAGAUGUAG